AUGAUGAAGCUCAUUUGCUUGUUUGCUGUCCUGGCGGUGGCAUUGGCUGAUGUGAGGCCAGUUCCAUCCGGUGCUGUACCAAUGAAGACUGAUGUUCCCGUAAGCAACGAAAUGCAAGCAUCAGAUGCUGCAGGAGACAUGGACAAGGCGGAAACGUUCGGUUUCGGUUACCACAAGCAUUUCCACGCUGUACCCCAGUACUAUGGUGGAUAUUAUGGUGGUUAUCAUGGAGGAUAUCUAGGAGGAUACCAUGGUGGAUACUACCCGUACUAUGCUCAUAAUUAUGGUUAUCCUUACUAUUAUUAA